UCUCUCCAUAUACUGAAACAAGCUCGAAUCGAUUGAAAUAUACAAAAUUUGCUCUCGCUUGAUGAACAGACAAGGCCACAACUAUCGUCCGGAUUCUCGUCAGCAAUCUCACAAUGCCAAGAAAAUAUCAACAAAUUACAAAAAUCGCCCAUUGAGAGAAGAGGAAAUGCCACAACAGGGCAAAAGCUUGCUACCGGAGAAGAUCCGUCAAAUUUUUAAUCCCACCCAUCAACAGACACUGGAAUGCCCCAGAAAGAAGCCUCCAGAACUGCUACAUCAGCCGAUUUCCAUCGUGGACCAGAUCAGGGCGCUGAAAACAAAUCAAAGAUCUGCACCAAUGCAGCGCAUCUAUCAAAAAGCCGAGUUGCACCCACUACAGACACGUUAUCAGCAGGAGCAUGAGGAGAAUCAUCCUCAAGAGUACAAGAAUUAUGAGAGUGCUUCCAAUCAGCAGAAGGAUCGAUAUCAAAAUGUGCCCCAGCAUCAAGCAGGUAAACCGCCUCAAGAUCUAUUGAAGCAGCAGCAAUAUCGGGUUCCUGAGUAUCCUGAUAAUAUGAGAGAGCCUCCACAUCAGCCCCCGCAUGAUGAUCAGACUCGGAAGAAUACACAAAAGAUGGUGCAGCAAAAUCAUCAAACGGAGUCUCAAAAUCAUCCUAAGAAGGAUCAGCAUAUAGAUCUGGCUCAGAAUGUGCAACAGCCUCCACAGAUGCCACGUAAAGAUCUUACAACUGCUUCCAAAGUGAUGCAACAAAAUCUCCAAAAGGAGGAUCCGAAUGACGGCUAUGCAACGAAGCCUCGUCAUGAUCAGCAGCCACCGCAGGAGUAUCGAGAGUCUUCUCAUGAGAAUUCUGCAAAGAAAUCUUCGCAUGGAAAUCCUCAGAAUAUAAGGGAACCCCCUCGUCAGCCGCACAAUGAUCAUAAGAACGCUUCCAAAAUGAUGGAGCAAAAUCUCCAAAAGAAUGGUCCGUAUGAGGAGCUUCCUCGGAAGCUGGCAACUGAUCAAUUGAAGCAGCAACCACGACAGCAGUAUCGAAUGUCUGGAUAUGAGCAUCCUUCACAGCAGCCACAUGAAGAUCAGACUCGAAAGAAUAACUUAAAGAUGAUGCAGGCUCAAUAUGUCGAUCCUCCUCAGAAGAAAAUGGAGUACAGGAGUUCCCCUAAAAAGGAUCCGAAUGAUCAGUUCAAGGAGCAGACACCGCUGAUGUAUCGGGUUCUGAUGCCCCAUGAUGAUUAUAAGAAUGCUCACAAAAUGAUGCUGAAGUAUCUCCCAAAGCAGGAACAACUUCCUCAGAAGGCUCCUAAUGAUCAGUUCAAGCGGCAGCCACCGCAGGAGUAUCGAGUACCUUCUCAUCAGAAUUUUAAAAAGAAUCUUUCGCAUGAGAAGCCUCAACACAUGGUACAGAAAAGUCAGCAGACGGACUGCCAAGAUCCCCCUUCUCCGAAAUCUCCCUUUGAUCAUUUAAAGCAGCAGCCAACGCAAGAGUAUCAGGAGUCUGUUUAUCAUAAUUAUGCAAAGAAAACUUACCAUGGAAAUCCUCAGAAUAUGCGGCAGCAGCCUCAACAGCAUUCUCGUAUGAAUUCUCUCACGAUGAUGCAGGAAAAUCAGCAGGUGGAGUACCAAAAUCUCCAUAAGGAUCCGUUUGAGGGUGCUCCCUCGCAGGCUUGUCAAAGCCAUCCGUUGAAACAGAACCCACUGCAGGAGCAUUGGGAGCCUACAUAUCUGAGUUAUGAAAAGAAUCCUCAGCAGAUUGAUAAAAAUUCUCCCAAGGAGUCUCAUAAUCACCCAAAGAAGAAUCCGUUUGAGGGUUGUCUUCCGAAGUCUCCGCACGAUCAAUUGAAGAAACAGCCACCGGAGGAGUAUCGAGUUUCUUCUCAGGUUACUUCUGAUCAGUUUAGGCAUCAGGCUCCAGGAUUCUAUCAGAAUUCUACAGAGAAACCUGCUCAUGGCAUUGCUCAGAAUAUAAAGCAGCCUUCACAACAGCCAUUUGAUGUUUCGACUUGUAAGAAUGCUCCCAAAUUGUUGCAGGUGGAGUACCAGAAAGCGCCUCAAAAGGAUUCGUUUGAGGCUCCUAUUCAGAAGACUCCGAAUGAUCACUUGAAGCAGCAGCCACCGCGGGAGCAUCUGGAGGCAUGUUAUUGCAAUUCACCAAAGCAGCCGUCGCACUCGAAUCAAUCGCAAAAGCAGCCAUUUACGAAUGCUCCUCAAGAGCAUGCACAGCGUAGUUCCAGCCAGAUUAAAGCGCCUCAUGGCCGUAACAGCAACAAGGCCACUGUCGCCCCUGUGCCACGUGCUCGGUCCAGCAGUCGCCUGGUGCCGCAAAAACUUUAUACGAACGCUGACGAUUGCCAACCCUCACACAUGGCUGAUAAAGCUAAGGUAAAAUGUUCACCCAAAUGCUGCGAAAAGCACAGCCACAAGAUGGAAUGCAAAGGCUGCGAAAGUCACAGCCCAAAAGUGGCAUCCACUGAGUCCACGUCCACGGAAUCGACUGUGAUCAGUGCGAAGAACGGCGACGAACUGCGUUCCAUGGUGCGCAACGAAUUGGAAUUACAGGCGUUGAUUAUGAAACUGUCCAACGAUGCUAAGAAGGGUGGGAUAUUGAAUCCGAAACAGUGUACACAUGACAAAACUUACAAUUCGAAGAAAUUGUGGGAGAAUGCAUACACAAGAGCACGUGCAGCCCAGGAUAAAGUACAGCAAGUUGAUUACAGUCUCACUGUAGAUAAUAUAGUAAGCGACUCGGUCAUUACUCCCAUGAUCCGUCAGAUCCAAAGAAUGUACAUUCGAAAUCUUCGCGACGAGAUGACUUUGGUGGAGUCGCUGGAGUUGGUGCCGCUUCUCGUUAAAGAGGUGUGCAUGAACGUCGACAACAUGGACCAACACAAACUUUAAUAAUGUCUGCAGUCCUUUGUUUUGUUUAUUUGUUAAGAGUUGCUGGUUUAAUAUAUUUUUUAUACACUUGUACACAAUAAAAGCGCCAAACAGGCAUAAUGGCGGGACCAGAGAA